UCAAUGGAUGAACUGGUGGCCUGGAGACACCUGAGGCUAGUACAGCCUUACUAUUGCUCGAUCUAGGGGUCCUGCAGUCAACAGAUUCCUGGAACGCCAUUCUUCUAGCACGUUGCUGAAAGUUUCUGGGACGACGCUUAGGCUGAAUUUGCAGCGGCCCAAGGGAAAACCUUCCAGCCCCCCUGCUCUUCGUGCUCGAAAGUUGCAAUGUCACGCAAAUGGGUGACAAAAGUUUGACAUGGCAUCUUGUGUGUUGCAAAUCACCGGGCCAGGUUAUGAAUGGCGCGUGGAGCUGUCCGUCGUACAACAGCAACAGGGCUCAGUUCACGAAUCACUGCACAACAGCCCCUGCAACCCGUGUCGAAGUUCGUUCCGGGCCGGGGUGGUGGUCUGCAUCUGUGUCGCAAACCAACCAACCCAGCUGGGCUGCCUAAGUCUUUCCGGAGCGGUCUUCCAAUUCUGCAUGGCCUCUCCCCGCAGGAGGUCAAGCAGAGAGGGAGAGAGAAAGUGUGUGUGUGUGUGAGAGAGAGAGAGAGAGAGAGGGAGAGAGAGACAGGCACACAAUUUGUCCACGCAGGUGAGCGACCUAGAUUCGGUUUGAACGCUUUGCCUUCCGGGGGAGGCUUACCAUCCCAGUCACUCUGUCCAUUUUUACCCGCUACCGCCAAUUCGUGCCGUCGCCGCCGCACCCCUCCCCCAGUCUCAGUCCACCACACCCCCGCCUCCGCAGAUACCUUCUUCACGGGGUAAGCACCUCCAAAUGGGGUGACAAUUUCAUCUCUCCGGGGCCAGCAGCCGUGCAGAUCAAAGACUAACACUUGGGUGCCCCUACAUCUGAUGGUAAGGAACCACGGGCGAGGGAGGAAAAAAGACAUAUAAAUCCACG